AUGGGGAGGGGUCGCCAGAAAUCAGCAAGAAAGGCUCAAGACUGGGACUGCGCCAAAAUUGUCGCAAACGUUCUGUCUUCAACCUCUGAGAACUGUAUAUGUGUUAUUCUGGUCUUGUCCGGGGCACUCAACCCAAUUCAUCGUGGGCACACCGAGAUGCUGCGCCACAGCAAGCGCCUGCUAGAAGCUGGUUCUAGCGGCCGCGAGGUCGUCGUGGUGGGUUUCGCCCUUGCGCCGUCCAGCGAGGAUUAUGUCAACGAGAAGCUUGGGGAUCAUGCCAUGAGCCUCAGAGAGAGAAUCCGACUCUGUGAAGCUGCAGCUGGUUCUGACACAGAGACAUGCGUAGUGCCUUUUGGCAUUGCCAGUGGGUACCGGACCAUAGCCGAAAUGCGGCCGUGCCUGGAACAGCAACUGCACAUGGCUGCGGUUCAAGUCGACUUGGAGAUUCUGCCGGUCUAUGGCUCAGACUUCUUGGUGAAACGUCCUCAGAAUGUGCGCCAGGCGACUUUGAUCGUAUGCCGACAGGACGAAGACGACUCGGCCCAGAUCGCCAGGCAAAUCGUAGCAGCUGAGCCUAGACCCCAUCCUGGCUUUCAGCUACUCGAAGUGGAGGCAGGUCUGAUCCCCAACUACAGCUCCACUGGCGUACGGAAGGCCUGCGAAGUUCUCCGCCAGGAUGCACGGCCAGAGGCAGUUGUAGAGGCUUGGGACUACCUGAAGCGAUCUUUGCAUCCCAAAGUUCUGGAGCUCUUCUUCCCAGCCGCGAAGGAGGUUGCUGAAUCUUCAUAA